CAAGAUUUUCCUUUCACCUUAAAAUUUUCAUAUUUUUUAGCCUUUUUUUUAAAUUCUUGCUUUUUAAAAAAAUGCCUAAAGGGCCUGGAGCUUUGUCGAAGUUGUAUAAUGGCAUAAUUAGUGCAGUAGAUAGGGUAGUCCCAAAUGUAUUACAGCCCGUUUGGCAGUCUCCAGUAGGUCCCCGCACGGUUUUUUUUUGGGCGCCGGCGUUUAAAUGGACCCUAGCAGUGGCAGGACUCAGCGAUACGGUCAAUCGUCCAGCUUCGGCCAUCUCGCUCAACCAGUCUGGCUCCUUGGCAAUAACGUGUUUAAUUUGGACCCGCUACGCAGUGGUUAUAACACCAAAGAACUACAAUUAUCUGGGCGCCAAUGUAGCCAUCUUCCUUGUCCAAAGCUAUCUAAUUAUCAAGCACUUGAGGUGGCGCAAUGAGAGUUCCCGGAAUGUCCUCCACUCGAAGGACGUUUGAAAGCAAGUGGAGAUAUUUUUUGGAUACGGUAUUCUUGGCUUUAGAAAGUUAUAAAACUUCUUGACUACUUCAAUGCUAAGCCAUUCAUAGCAGAAUUUCUCAAAGAUAAGCAGUAAAAUAAAUUUUGAAAUUAUAAUUUGUAAACUGUCGGUGUGCCAGUAUUCUAAGAAAAGUAAAAAUUAAUAGAUGGCUUUUUAUAA